AUGGAAGUUUUGUUGUGUCUAUCACAUAAUAUUCAGGUGGAGUACGAAGAUACACGAAAUACGACAAUACCGCACGAGAUUAAUACGCGAUACAUUAUAAAAAAGGAAUUAGGAAAGGGAGCAUACGGGACGGUGUAUUUGGCUGUUGAUCGAACGAACGGACAACAAGUUGCUAUUAAACGAAUUGACGAUGUAUUCCGAACUAGGACUGACGCAAAGCGGACUUUGCGUGAAAUUACGAUUCUGCGUCAGUGUGACCAUCCCAACAUUUGCAAAUUAUAUGAUGUUCUUGUCCCUCCGGAUGAGUUUACUUUCAAGCAUUUAUGGACUAUUCAAGAAUAUGGUGGGUGGGACCUUUCACGUAUCGUGAAGAGCGCAAACAAGAUCAGUGGCUGGGGACUAAAACAUGUGAAGUUCAUCACUUACCAAUUGCUUUGUGGCUUAUUAUACAUGCAGAGUGGCAAUAUUGUGCAUCGUGAUUUGAAACCAUCGAAUAUCCUUAUAAACAACAAGUGUGAACUGAAAAUCAUCGACUUUGGUCUCGCGCGCCAAAUGAACUACCAAUACCGAGAUGAGCGAGAGUCUCGAAGCGACGUUUCUAGCUCGGCCGCUUGGGGCGAAUCCCAGUCGGCAGUCGAUCGGCAGUUGACUCAGCACGUCGUAACUCGCUGGUACCGCGCUCCGGAAUUGAUUCUGCUGCAGCACCACUACAACGCCGAGAUCGAUAUUUGGUCGGUCGGCUGCAUCCUCGCGGAGCUGCUGCAGACGCUGGAGCCCAACCGGCGCGUGCAGCCGCUCUUCCCUGGGAGCAGCUGCUUCCCGCUCUCUUCCAAGCGGAACGAGAAGAACCAGAAUGAACGUUUUGGCGAGGAGUUCCGGGCAGAGACGCACCAACUGAUAAAGAUUUUUGAAGUAAUCGGCACGCCUCAUCGUGAUGAGCUAAUGAAGUUGGAUCACGGACCAAUGCGAGAUUAUCUUCUUUCUCUUGACUACAUGCCUCCCAUGGACUUCACCGACCUCUUCCCCAACGCGGAGAGCUCGGCCAUCGAUUUGCUAAAGCGAAUGCUGACAUUUGGUAGGCAGAGGAGGGGAGAGAAGGGAUAA